GGGCGGGGCUUCCGCCGCUGGUUGAUUAUGCGCGGCUGACGCUCGGAAGUGACCCAUGCGUCUGAGCUCAGCUGCACCGAUACACGAUCACCGGAUCGGCCCGUUUAACUCCCGUAGUGCGUUUCUUGCAGUCUUCAUAGGUUACUCACGACAUACCGACUCGUGUCAUCUGAUCAUGUCUAAAGACACGGAGGCCAAGAGCGAGGAGAUUAUGGAGUCGAAGGUGCUCUGGUACCCGGACUCUAAACGAAACACACAAAUGGACCGAUUCCGGACUCAAGUGAACCGGGACUUCGGGGUGAAUCUGGCUAAUUAUAAUGAGCUGUAUCAGUGGUCUGUGGACAGUUAUCCAGAGUUCUGGGCACAGGUUUGGAGAUUCUGUGGCAUCACUUGUUCAAAGAUGUAUGAGGAGGUGGUUGAUGUGUCUAAAAGGAUAUCUGAUGUCCCCGAGUGGUUUAAAGGCAGCAGACUGAAUUAUGCAGAGAACCUGCUCAAACACAAAGACCAAGACAAAGUGGCUCUCUAUGCUGCAACCGAGGCAAAAGAGGAGAUCGUCAAAGUGACUUUCGGAGAGCUGAGACGUGAUGUCGCUCUCUUCGCUGCUGCCAUGAGGAAGAUGGGCAUCAAAACUGGAGACAGGGUCGUAGGAUAUCUACCCAAUGGGAUUCAUGCUGUUGAGGCUAUGCUCGCUGCUGCCAGUAUAGGUGCCAUCUGGAGUUCAACCUCUCCAGAUUUCGGUGUCAAUGGAGUUCUAGACCGAUUUUCUCAGAUCCAGCCCAAGUUGAUAUUCUCAGUAGCAGCUGUUGUGUAUAACGGCAAGCAGCACGACCAUAUGGAGAAACUCCAAAACGUUGUUAAAGGUCUCCCUGACCUGAAGAAGGUUGUGGUCAUUCCAUACGUUCGCUCUCGACAAGACACUGACCUCUCCAAGAUUCCCAACAGUGUGUUCCUGGAUGACUUCUUGGCCACGGGUAAAGAAGGGGAUCAGGACCCUCAGCUGGAGUUUGAGCAGCUGCCCUUCUCUCAUCCUCUCUUCAUCAUGUACUCUUCUGGCACCACAGGAGCUCCCAAGUGCAUGGUGCAUUCUGCUGGGGGCACUCUCAUCCAGCAUCUUAAAGAACACAUUCUCCAUGGCAACAUGACCUACAAUGAUAUCAUCAUAUAUUACACUACGACGGGCUGGAUGAUGUGGAACUGGCUGGUGUCCUCUCUAGCCGUUGGGGCUUCUGUGGUCCUGUAUGAUGGCUCCCCUCUUGUUCCCAGUGCUAAUGUGCUCUGGGACCUUGUAGACCGUCUGGGAAUCACGAUUUUUGGGACUGGAGCGAAAUGGCUGGCUGUGCUGGAGGAGAGAAAUCUGAAACCUGCAAACACACACAACCUGCAGACCCUCCACACACUCCUUUCUACAGGAUCUCCAUUGAAGCCUCAGAGCUAUGAGUAUGUGUACAGCUGUAUUAAGAACAAUGUGCUACUGGGAUCCAUAUCAGGUGGCACAGACAUCAUUUCAUGCUUCAUGGGUCAGAACAUGGCGGUGCCUGUUUACAGAGGGGAAAUUCAGGCCCGAAAUCUGGGCAUGGCCGUGGAGUCCUGGAACUGUGAAGGGAAGCCUGUUUGGGGCGAGAGCGGGGAGCUGGUGUGUUUGAAGCCCAUCCCGUGCCAGCCCACUCAUUUCUGGAACGACGAGAACGGCAGCAAAUACCACAAAGCCUACUUUUCUACUUUCCCAGGACUCUGGGCCCACGGUGAUUACUGUAAGAUAAAUCCAAAAACGGGAGGAGUCGUCAUGCUGGGGAGAAGUGACGGAACCUUGAAUCCUAAUGGUGUUCGGUUUGGGAGCUCAGAAAUUUAUAACAUUGUGGAAGCCUUUGAGGAAGUUUCCGACAGCCUUUGUGUCCCUCAGUACAACAGUGAUGGAGAGGAGAGGGUGAUUCUGUUCCUGAAGAUGGGACCCAAUAAGAGCUUCAGUCAAGAGCUAGUGGGGAAGAUCCGCGGUGCUGUCAGAGUAGCUCUCUCUGCACGACACGUACCAGCCUUGAUACUGGAGACCAAAGACAUCCCGUACACUAUCAGCGGAAAGAAGGUCGAAGUCGCAGUAAAGCAGGUGAUCGCAGGUAAGGACGUCACUCAGCGAGGGGCCUUCUCAAACCCAGACUCCUUGGACCUAUACAAGAACCUACCUGAACUCCAGAACUUCUGAGCGCUUGUGUGAGGUACA